CUUAUCCUUAUAGACUACAUUCUAAAAUAUAUUUUUAGGAUUGUUUAAAUGAUUAAUUAAUUUAAUUAAUAAUUUACUUUUAAACAAAAUGGGAAGUGAGGUUCUCACUAUACAAUUUGGUCAUUAUUCCAAUUUUGUAGGAGCACAUUGGUGGAAUGUUCAAGAAUUAAGUUUCCAAUAUAACAAUGUAUUAAACUCUUCUUCAAUUAGUCAUGAUGUGUUGUAUCGAGAAGGGCACACCCAAAAAGGUCAAGUUACAUUUACCCCUAGACUUUUAUUAGUUGAUCUUCAAGGUAGUUUAGGGUCUUUACCAGAGCAAGGAGACUUGUAUGAUCCAAAGCCUGACAUAUCUAAAGAAUCAGCCAAUUGGUAUGAUAAUUUAGUAGAAGUUCAAGCAGGACCUAGUGAACAUAAAAAUAAAUUUCAACAAGAUUUGGAUGAUGUAACAAAACUCCAAGAUGUGACAAAGAAAAAUUAUGAAUUAGAAGGAACAACAAAGGUUUGGUCAGAUUUUCUUUAUGGUAGAUUCCAUCCAAGAACUGUAGAAAUUGUUAAGGAGUAUCAGCACUGCAAUGAAAAUACUCCAUUUGAUGCAUUUCCAUUGGGUCAAAGUUUAUGGAAAUCCCAUCAAUUUUCAGAAGAUUUUACAGAUAAAAUUAGGAACUAUGUUGAAGAAUGUGAUAAUUUUCAGGGCUUCCAUUUUCUUACAGAUUGCACCAAUGCUUUUGCUGGUUUGUCAUCUUCUUGUUUAGAAUACAUUAGAGAUGAAUAUGAUAGAAAAUCAGUGUUGAUAUUGCCAGUGAUUCCAUCAUACUUUCCUGACAAUGACUUUAGUUCAGAAGAAGAAAAGAAUCAGUCUCUUAUAAAUGAUUCUGUUAGAGUUUUAAACAUGGCAUUAGGAUUUAAUGAAUUUAGCGCUUAUUCUUCAUUAACAGUGCCUUUAAGUAUUGGUAGUAAAGGAUGGAGACAGCCUGGACCUCCACGAAUUUUUAAAAAUUUGGAUUAUAAUCAUAAAUCGGCCUACCACUCCAGUGCAAUAUUAGCAGCUGCAUUGGAUACUGUAACAUUAAAGCAUAGGCUAAAAAAUUCACCCUUUACGCUGAAAGAUUUAAGUGCAGAUUUAACUCAGAGCGGAAGAAAAUUUGUAGCGGCCAGUGUACAAAUGCCGUUCCCGAUACACGAAAAAAGUGACCUACUCGAUUGCUUGGACAAAUGGCAAGGAUCACUCUAUCAAAGUAUUACUCCUAAUUGUGAAAUAGGCACCAGCCGACUUAUGCAACAUAUAACAUUAAGAGGUAUAAAAGAAGACAAAUUGAAAAAGGCUCAGAAUAUAGCAGGGAAACAAAGAGAAUUACCUGCUUACCGAUGUUCAUCAGUAAACGAAAUGUUAGCUUUGUAUUUAUCAUAUUCAACAGACGCCACAGCUAGUAACGUAACUGUAGCAGAUGAUCCUCUUACAGUGAAAAAUCCGUUUCCACAAAUAUUUAAAAAUAACGUUGGUUUCCAUGGAUAUAUAAACGAAAAUAUGUCUGAUAAUCAAAGAGUUGAAAGCAUACCAUUAUUAGCUGGUUUACAUAGUGGAUCUGAAAUCGGAGAAAUGUUAGAGACGUUACACACGGCAGCGAGGAAAAUUAAAAUAGCUAGAUUUCAUCAAUUUUUAAGCGGCGGUUUAGAAAAAGAUGAUUAUGAAGACUGCCUGGAUAACUUAUUUACUUUAAGGGAAAACUAUGAAGAUAGUUAUUUAGUUUAACUAUGAAUGUAUUUUAAAAAUUGCUAAUAAAAGACACUUAUUUUUCAUUUA